AUGUGUGGUAAAGCGUUUACAUAUGCAAAUAAACCAACAUUGGAUAGAAUCGAUAAUGAAAAACCACAUACCAAAGAAAAUUGUCAGUUAAUGUGUUGUUAUUGCAAUGUCGUAAAAUCAAAUAAAGAUGAAGAUGUUCAACGUUUAAGAAUCAAUUUAAGAAAUUAUGCAUUAAAAAAUAAUUUACCAAUGACUUUAGAUUCAGUUGAAGCUUAUCACAUUCUCCGUAAUGGAAUUACUGGUGGUCUAUCAAAUGUUCAACAUCGUGUUAAUCUUAAAGGAAUCACGCACAUUAAUAAACUUUCAUAUAAUCCAGAAACUAAAACUGUAUCAAAUGAGGACACCACCAACAUUAUGACUCAUUUCGUUGGAGUUGACUUUAAUUCAUUAUAUCCUUCAUCAUUUUCAUCUAAUCCUCAUGAUUUCAUUCAAUAUACUGACCAUAAAAUGUAUAUGCCGGGAAGAUUGAAUGGUGUUAUCAUUUGUGAUACAGCAACAAAGAAAGCAAAAGCACUGGGAAUAAUUAAGAAGAAAAAUACUUUAUUCGUGGCUGAAGUAAAGGGUCACAUUGAUGAAAAAUACAUUAAUGAUUACAUAAACUUUUUACCGAUAAUAAGAAACUUAGAUAUUAUCACAGAUGAAAAAACAAUUGGCAGUUUUAUGUAUAAUUACAUGAAAUCAAACAAUCUACCAGUUGAACAGAAACAGAGAAAAUUAACUCAAUUAGCAUCAACACACAACCAAUAUCAACCAUUUUCUUCUUAUUAUCUUUGGUAUCUAAUAGACAGAUUUCAUUUUAUCAUCGAUGAUAUUCAAUCAAUUUUAACAUUUACGAAAAAUACUU